AUGCCUGGGUGCCCAGAGGGUGGACGAGGUGAUUCUGUUGUUUUGCCCCCUGACGAGGUAGGCGUGACGGUCAUUCUAGACCGCUGGGACACUAUGCCACAGGCGGCCAUCCCUGACCGCUUGACGGUAACGUGCAACCAACCGGCGGGCCGGUCUAAGAGGACCGCGGGGGCGCCAGGGCUAGAAUGGAGCAAGAUUUACCACUACUUAAGAUGCAUAUGCUGGUGUUCACCCUCGACGAACCAGUCGACACCAAACAAAACGACGACCGACAUCGAGACGGAUCACGCCCUAGCCGCAGAGGCCGACGUGAACGCCGUCUUGAAGACGGGCACCGUCAUCACCGCCAGGACGAAGCCGUCCGAUGGAUUUGACCCAUUCAGGCGAAACUACUACUGCAAAGUCGCCGCUCGCGCCACUCUUGAAGUGAACCCCUUGGAUGUCUGUCUGGAUACAGGCUGCUCGACCAUACUCGUUGAUAGGGACUGGCUGCGCCUCAACUUCUUUGAUGCUGAGUUGGCUAGAAUAGAGUCAAUAAACCUGGAUAGUAUCGGCUCGAAACUGGAGCUCAACGAAAAGGCGAUAUUCCCCAACAUCCUCUUCCCAGCUCAAGCCCAACAUGCUGUUGGCAACUGA